AUGGGGUUAUGGAAUGGUCGACCCCUCUCUCAUUGGAAUUGGCUUUGCGAAUUGUUUAAGGAUCCAGAUUAUCAGGAAAUUUGUAUGGCUAAUGCAAACAAUUGCAAACAACAAAAAUAUAGCCAUAGAAGAGGUGCACAACUAUUUGUACAACAUGUGCAAGCAAAAGCAAAAAAUGGAAAGCUCCCAUCUUUCAUUGAGAAUUGGGGAGAUCUACACCUAGACAAGAAUCAACAAUGGAUCAGUGAGGCUGCCCAGGAGAAACAUGCAAGGCUAGCUGAUAAGGCUCCUAAGGGCACUCCAUUUGAUUCCAUUGAGGUGCCAUUGGAAUCAGAGUUCCAGAUCAUACCUUGGCAGGAAGGGUAG